AUGCCAUCGAAAGGGGGUCUCUACAGCUUUAGUAUCUUUUGGACUAUGAACUUGGGAUUUCUCUACUUUAUUUUUAUCACUCUUGCCUACGGCGCUCCUACCUCCGAUCUUGAUCUAGCACUUCCCUCCCGACCUAAUACCGAAACAGAGCUGCUCUAUGCACUCAGCCGACAAGAUGAACUUGACCGGAGCCCUCUUGUUAAGCGAGGGAGCAGUCCGGAUCUAUAUGCGAAAGGGUGGCUUAUAGGUCCAGAUUCACACGGCAACACAAUCUAUGCAUUUGGUUCAAACGAAAAUUCUUUACCAAAAGGAAUCGUCAAAGUCGGCAAGAAAAUUAAUGCCGGAGGCGCGGCGACGAUAUUGCAAGCCUCACUGUUGACAUUCAACAGGCCGCGAGCAGUCGGCAAGAACACAGCAAGCCGAAGCUGGGGUGGGAAUCCCGUCGGAAAUGAAGCAGUCCAGUAUGAUCUCGUUGCAAAAGACUCGUAUUUGUCGCUUGCAUACAAAAGCGUGCAUAUAAUGGAAAUGCUCGAACCGAGCAAAACCGUUCCCCGUGUGUACAAGGCUCUCUUGGUUCCUGCAGAUGAGGAUUACUGCGGGGACAAUUCGGAGAACGGGUCAAUCGUCGUUAUGGAGAAACUGUAUAAGGAUGCGGCAUCUAUGUUGAGGAGGUAUAACGCUGCACGAGCGAGGCAUGAUCCCCAAUAUAGGCUCUUCAACCGUCUUAUCAUGAUGCAGCAAUUCGUGAAGGGAUUGGACUAUGCCCAUGACCUAGGAAUUGCCCAUAAGGAUGCCCACCUGGGUAACUUGAUGUCGACUUUUCAGCCUGACCAGUGGAAGAUUAUUGAUUGGGAUUUUUCGACCGAUUAUGGUCGGAAACCAAAGUUUGCAGGGGAUGUUGAAAAUGCAGGGCUAAGCCUUCUAUAUGCUGGUGUCCCUCGACUCCAAGAACGAAUAUACCAGCGUCGUUUGACUAGCAUCCUGUCGAAACCUCGAAGCCCAACUAAUGUCAAAGAAACUCUGGAAGAUUUAUUUGAUCUCGAAGGAUAUGACGAAUUCUUAACACUCGUUGGCAAAACCACCUGCGAACAGUCGAAGCGUCUAACUAUGAAAGAAUUCUAUUCGGAGCUCCAGAAUUUUGAAGCGAACGAUCUUCCCUUUAUCGAAUGA